ACUACUUAUAACCAGGGGCGGACUGACCAUUUGGAAACUUGGGCACGGCCCGAGGGCCCGGGGUCAGUAGGGGGCCCCAUGAGAUGCCCCUGGUACCUUUUUCAUAGGCUUUUUUGAGUUUGGGCAAGGACACAGGGGCCCCAUGAUCCCCUAUUUCCCGGGGGGCCCCAUGAGUUGUCAGUCCGCCCCUGCUUCCGAGUUUGCAAAUGGUCAGUCCGCCGCUGAGUGCGAUACGUACAGAGGUCAGAGUUCAGUAGUGCGAUACGUACAGAGGUCAGAGUUCAGUACUGCG